AUGACUACUUCAUCGUCUCUCGAGGCACCUAUCGCCCAGACCGUUGGGAAUCUAGCCUCAGUCACCAAUCCUCAGACUCCUCAUACCCAUCGACCCACAUACACUCACGCAACCGCUCAUGUCCCCAAUCGGGCGGCUCACUUUGACACCUCUCUUUCUGUCCCAGUCCGGAAGUACCUCCAGACGUAUGGUCUCACUCCUCCUCGUGCAGAGAGUUACGAGAUUCAGAAGAAGAGAUGUUUGGCACAAUUGGCUCUGAAGCCUACAGAUCUGGAGAGAUUUCUGUACCUGAGCACGAUCAGACACAACAAUGUCCACCUGUUCUACCGUCUGUUGACUGAUCACUUCACCGAGUUGACUCCUUUGGUCUACACUCCCACCGUUGGAGAGGCGUGUCAGAAAUGGUCACAAAUCUAUCAACAGGCUGAGGGCAUGUACCUCAGCUUCGAGGAUCGAGGCCAUCUUUCGGCUAUCAUCCAAAAUUGGCCUCAAUCCAAUGUUGAGAUCACCGUCAUUACAGAUGGCUCCCGCAUCCUGGGUCUGGGUGACUUGGGGGUUGGUGGCAUGGGCAUUCCCAUUGGAAAGCUUGCUUUGUACACUGGCUGUGCAGGCAUCAGACCGGAGGGAACUCUCCCUCUGACCGUCGAUCUGGGUACCGGCAACAAAGAUCUAAGAGAAGAUCCGUUGUACAUGGGCAGCCGAAGAGACAAGGUCACUGCAGAGGAAGAGCAGGAGUUCCUCGAUGAGCUGAUGGCCGCGCUGAAAGAGCGAUGGCCUGAUAUUGUCAUCCAGUUUGAAGACUGGAAGAAUCCAUUUCCCUCCCUUGAGCGCUACCGCCAAGACUAUGCCAUGUUCAACGACGACAUCCAAGGUACUGGGGCUGUCAUCAUGGGAGGCAUGAUCGGUGCCAUCAAGGAGUCUGGUGUCUCGCCCAAAGAUCAUCGUGCAGUCUUCCUGGGCUCGGGCUCAGCUGGCGUUGGCGUGGCUAAGCAGAUUGUGGACUACUUCAUGCAUGAGGGACUGACAGAGGAAGAGGCCAAAUCUUGCUUCUGGCUUGUCGAUAGCAAAGGCCUUGUAACUCAGGACCGAGGUGACAAGCUCGCUGAACACAAGAUCUACUUCUCACGAACGGACAACAACGGACAACAGUUCAAGACCUUGGAUGACGUGCUUGAAUAUGUCAAGCCCACCAUUAUCAUGGGUCUCAGCACGAUUGGAGGUGCAUUCACCCCCGAAAUCCUGCAGAAGAUGGCCAAGUGGAACAAUAGGCCGAUCAUCUUCCCACUAUCAAAUCCAUCCUCCAAGUCGGAAUGCACUUUUGAGGAGGCGAUCAUCAAUACUGAUGGCCGAGCACUGUUUGCUUCCGGCUCUCCAUUCCAUCCUGUCGUGUACAAGGAUAAGACGUACCAUGGAGGACAGGGCAACAACAUGUACGUGUUCCCAGGCAUUGGCCUGGGGACCAUUCUAUCCAAGGCUGUUCAGGUCACGCCCAACAUGAUCUAUGCUUCUGGCGAAGCUUUGCCGACCAUGAUAACCGAGGAGGAGAAGGCGCAAGCAUUGAUGUACCCCUCGAUCACACGCAUCCGAGAUGUUAGUGCUCGUGUGGCGCUGUACGUCAUCCGGGCGGCACAGAAAGACAAUGUGGACCGUCUGCACCAUCUGCGCGAGAUGAGCGACAGUCAAUUGGAAGCCUGGAUCAAGGAUAAAAUGUACGAUCCACACAAGGAGACCCAAGAGCUUGAGAGUGAAGUCCGCAGCCUUGUGCAGGAUAUUAUGACGUCGCCCAAGUUGUGA